UCUCGGUGUUCAAUUCAAACAACCUUAUUAUUGUUUGUAAUAUGACUUUAUUUAAUUUAGUAUUUGGUAUAUAACUGUUUGUUUACCUUGCUGCUUUUCCGCCAAAAGAUUUGUUGUGUUACACUUGCCCACCUAACCCAGUUUGUAUGCUUGGGAGUAUAAGCUGCUAUACUAAUAUCAUAUCAAACUAUUUCAGAUUUAGAUUGAUUUAGUCGGUAUUAGCAUUUGAGGUACAAAUAAACUUAUUUCUCCUAGUCAUAGCAAAGUCCAUACACUGAUUAAUGACUAAUGGCAUGUAAAAAACGUGGGUUAAAAAGAAAAGAAAACUCAUACGUGAGAAGGGGAAAAAACUCAUUUAAGGUAAGUUCUAACGAAAGGGGAAAACUUGUCUAAUCGUCAGUUAGAAGAACGUGCAUUAUGGGAAAAAUUAUUUUAAGUUAAGUGUUAGCUGGUCCUACGGUACACCCUCCCACAUCCCACCAUACCCAUUAAGCAUACUUGCACUUUAUAUAUACAAAAUUGGGCCCAAGUCACUCGGCGUUCCGCUGUGAGUUGAUGAUGGCUCAACAACGGAAAGAAAAUCCCCCUAGUAGUUCCAUGUUGUUCAAUUCCUUUCACAUCGAGCAUUUCGAAACACGAUUACGCCCUCACACUUUCCUAUACGUUGGAACUCGAAACUAGGGGUCAUUUGCAUGAGUCAUUUACGAAACGAGUCAUUACAAAAAUGUAGACAUUUAUGAGUCAAUAAGGAGAAAUAUGACUAUAUUGCUGAGGAAGAGAACCGUAGAUGCCCAACCAUUUUGUAUACGACAAAAGAGAAGAUUAUUUGGAGAAGAAAGUGGAGAUCAGCUCUAAUAGUCAAGGGUUUGGGACAGGAUAUCCCGUUCACCUCACUGUCCAACAACCUGGUGGUCGCUUUGGGCAAGGAGAGGAGCAAUAAAAAUCUCUGACAUGUUGUUUUCUGGCAAGGAAAAUAUCUGUUGUUUGAUUUCAAUGAAUUCACCUUUGACUUCUUGAACAACGAAAGUAACACGGUUCACAACUCUCUGAACAAUGUUCGAACGAGGGUGUUUGAUGAUUUUGAUGGCUGAGAAAACUAAGUUACUUUACUCCUACUCCUAUGGAGGUUCAAUGAAAACUCCAGAAACUAAAGGCUGCGACUAUGGCUACAUUGCAGAGAAAAAGAUAGAGUUUGACAUGUGUGUCGCAACCGCACCUCUUAAUCGGGGGACCCGUCGCGUCUUGCUCGGAGUCACCAUCGAUCGCGCUUUGGGGUGGGUCGAACACCCAUUUCCGGUUUUGUUACUUAGGUUAAAACCAGAAAUCUGGUCGGGUCUCGACCUUGGGGUCGAAACCGGGAUUUGGUCUGCGAAUUUUAGAGAAUAUGGGUUCGGGAGUACGGUUACGUGUGGGGAAGUGUAUUCACACCCCACAACGCCCAAAAUUGGUACUACUUAAAUUGAUAAGUUUAAGGGUUGGGUGUAUUGUUAUUAUUUGGCUCUUUUACGUAUUUAAUUAUAUAAAAUUAUUGAUAAUUAUUUUGGGUGUAUUUUUUAGAGUCCAAUUGGAAGAUAUGAUUAGCGUAAAUUUUGAAUUGUUGUAGUUACUUGAUAAUGUUUACGUCUAUUGACGUAAAAAUAUUUUUUAGAUUGGUUGGACUCGAACCUAUUGGUUGCCUAUGUACCCGACUUAGUCGGGAUCAAAGUCCACGUAGUUCGAUGUAAUUGAGAGUUUUAAAUGUCGAGUCUCACACAUUAGGAACGUGGAGAAAAUUUGUUAGUUGGACUCGAACCAAUUGGUUGCCUACGUACCCGAGUAGGAGAUCAAAGUCCACGUAGUUCGUUGAAAUUGAUAGAUUUUGAAAAGGAGAUCUUAACACGUUUCUAUUGAUACGUGAUACUUAAUUUUCUUAUUUAAGAGAUGUAAUUUGAUAAUUAUGAUUUAAGGGGAUAAAAUGUAUUAGUUGGGUUAAAGAUGAAAGAUUUUGUAAGAGGAAAACCCAACACGUUCUAUUGAUCGCAUUUAAGGUUUAAGAUUGAGAUUUUCGUGGUGAAAUGUGUUUUAAUUUUGUAAUUGUAUGAUUGAUGAUUUUGAAGGAUUUCCAUUUAAGAAACAAUCGAGGUCUAUUGGCUAGUGUCAUUUCGUAUUAAGGGAUUUUUUCUAAAUAAAACGAGUAUGUGUAUGAAACAUAGAAGCCCAAAUAGGCAUAUUAAUUAAGAUUUAAUAGUAUUUUAGAAUAUGAGGUAAACGUGACUUGAUUAAAACAAAAAAAGUUGUAUAAAUUUUUGCUUAACAAGACAUUAAAUAGACGAAUUAGAGAAGUGUGCAACAGAAUUUCAGUGAAGUAGCCUGCCUUUUGGGGAAGGGCCCAGCCCAAUAGGGACAGUGGCUGAACGCGUCAACUGUUGUCGUUUGGGAUUUGGGUGGCAUGGGUUCGAACCUCGUUGUGGUUACAUUUUUGGCCAUUAUUUUAGGAACCGGGUAUAUAUAAAGGAAAAGAUUGAGAGCUAGAAACCCUAGUUCGCCGUCGCCUCUCUCCCUUCUCCCUCAUUUCUCUCUCUCGUGUAUCCUCUGAGAACAACAAAACAGAAAGGGAAAAGAAUGGCGAUCCCUUUACUGCUCUCUUCCUCUCCUCCCCUCUCUUCUUCCCCUCGAUCUCCCUACUAAGAAAUCGACCAAAACAAGCAAAACCUCCCAUUUCCUCGAUCUUUUUCUCCUCCCUCGAUAAGCCUGAUCGCCGACCGUAAGAUGCAGCCGCGGCGGCUCCGAGAAACGGCGACGGUGAGUGAGCUCUUGCAUGUUAAUUUUUAGGGUUUGAUUAUCCGAUUUUUACUUUGGUUCUUUCUUUUAGGUUUUCGAUCUGGAUGAGGGAAGCAUGAAUUCGGAUCUCAAGGGAAGAGAAGGGGAACGAACGCGGCUAUAACGGACGCCGAUGAGUGUGAAUGUGAUGGUAAGAUCGAUGGAUUCUGACCUUUAGAUUUUGAUUUAUUUUUUUCUGUUCCUUUUUCAACAAAAUGGGAUUCAGACCUGGGCCUUUGGUGCUUUGUAUUGGUUCAUUUUUUUGUUUGGGUUUCGAUCAUGGUGAGGGAAAAAGGAGCAGUGGGUACAAAAGGAGGAAGAAGGCUGCCGGCGGUGAGUGAUUGUAACAAGCGACAGCGCUGGCGCCAGUUAAGUAGAGUUAGUUCCCUUUCCUUUUCAUUUUGGUCUGAUUUGAAAUCUUGUUGAUUCUGUUUUGGAAUAGUUCGAGUAAGAAGUAGGAAAUUUAGGGAUUUUACUGUAUUUUGGUUCUGGAAAUUUGUCGAUGCUUAUGUGUUUGAAACUAGAAAUUUGCGUUUUGUUUGUGGUGAUUUCUGGAAAAAGGUAAUGUGUGUUCAGGAGGUAAGAGUUUCACCUAUAAGUGGUCAAACUUCCAAACUGACUUUCCUCAUGAAAAACCAAAACAGAGGACAGCACGAUCACACACUAGAAGCGUGUUAAAUGGGGCGUUUUGUGGUUUCAGUGUUGGUUUUCUCUGUAUUUUCGAAAGGAAAAGGUUUGGGCUUAGAUGUAUAGGGAAAACCCUUAAGCAAGUUAUUAGUUUCAUUUGUUCUGUCAUUAUGUUGAAUCUGUGUUCUGAUAACUUGGUGGAUUUAGAUGUGAACUUGAUAAUGAAGUUGGGAUUGUAUUUUAGAAGUCAGAAACUUUCACGGCUCUGUUAUGUUAUUUUUUUUGGAAAAAAGUUCGGUUGGUUUUGAUGGUUUCAACCGUCAAACUAAUAUUUCUGUUAAGGUUUCAAACUAAGGGAUUAAAACAAUGAAAAGUCAUGAGUCGAUAGGUUUACAUAUCAAGUGACUAUAAAUAUUGCUAUCGCUUAUGCUUACUUCGUCUUUCGUUGAUUUAGUGUCAAAUUUGUUUUCUUUUUUGUAGUUUGUGAUGGGUGAAAUCUGGGUUUUGCUGUGUUUGGACAUGAGUCUUCUAAUGGUGGUUGAAUCUGGAAAUGUAUGUGUUUAUCAUGGUAGGUUCUAAUAUAGAGAUUUGUGUGUUUAUAGUUACAAAACUCAUAUUAAACAUAACUGCUCCGCUUUGGUGUAUUUAGGGGAAUUAGGAACUGAUUGAUGUCCCGUGAUUUGGAUUUGGCGAGUUUGUCGUUGAUGGUUUUUGCUUGAGAUUAAGCUGUGGUAAAGUGGGUUUAGAUAUGAAUCAGGUAAUUAAAGUGAAUAAGAAUAUGAUGAAGAGAAAGCUAAUGUCAGAGUUCCAAACAAAAUAAUAAAUCUGAACAAAUCUU